AUGGCAAGUGGCAGUUCGAGUGAGAGUUACUACUGCCACCGUUGUGAGACUGAGGUCGUCCCAAACUUGCAGGAUUUUACAUGUUCCGCUUGUCAUUCAGGUUUCAUUGAAGCAGUUAGUCCAGGUGGUUUGUCUUCGAAUCAAACAGAAUUAGAUGCACUACAGAUUAUUCGUCAGCUAUGGGAAGGUUCUUUUAGCGAUAAUUUUGUUCGCUAUCUUGCAGCACCUGGUGAAGACCUUAGUUCGACAGAUGACGAGUCAUUAGAAAGGGAGAAUCUGGCAAGAAGAUCACGACGCUCAACAAGAAAUUCGAACCACAGAUCAACCAGAGAACGCGUGUAUACUCGUGUCCCAGAUGGUCGUCAUGCUUUCUCCACUCGCAUCCAGUUAUCAAGCAUGGAUCAUCCAUUUAGAUUGCCAUUUUUGUCGAACUUUGGUCCAGCUGAUGGAGAUAUGCAAAAUUUUGUUUUUAAUCGAGCUAUGUUUGACCAGUUUAUCACUGUGUUAAUGAAUGAAUUACAAGUGGGUCCACCACCUGCUCCUGAAGCAGCCAUUGCAGACUUACCCAUAAAUGUGUUGACUGAAGAACAAGCAUUAAAAUUGGGUAUUUGUUCUAUAUGCUUUGACGAUUUCAAAGAAUCCGAAUCAGUUAUCAAACUUCCAUGUACUCACAUUUACCACCAAACUUGUGUUACAACAUGGUUAAAACAGCAUGGAACUUGUCCAGUUUGUCGAAAGGAUUUAGCUGGACAUGAUACUUCACGAUAUGAAGAUCCAGCUCCAAAUUUAACAGGAAACAAUAACGGUUCCAGCUCUUCUACUUCCUAG